AUGGCAUCAAGUGGCGGAUUGGCAACUGCGUUCAACGUUGCCAUCGCAUGCUCGGCAAUCUUCGGAAACGGUUUGGUGAUUUUUGUCAUGACGGUCAGACGUAAACACUUUAAAUCCUUUAGUAACCGACUUAUCCGUCACCAAUCCAUCAUCGACUUCGUCUCUGGUUUGGUGUUUCUCCUCAUGACUGGAAUCAAACAAACUUCGCUUCUGGAGAAUUUGGAGGGAAAUGUCUUCGGUGUAUUUCUCUGUAGGUUCAUUUACUCAGACUUUUUUGUUUGGGGUUUGAGUUCAGUAUCCACGUACAAUCUGGUAGUGAUAUCGCUGGAGCGUUUUCUUGCCACGUGCUAUCCGGUCAAACACCGCAACUACUGCUCACUCUUCAAGAUCAAAAUUUCAAUGUGUGCUGCUUGGAUCAUUGGUUUCAUGUAUGCGCUGACAUUUGUUUUUGUAUAUACAGUCAAGUGGAAUCGUUGCAUUAUCAUCUAUGCCAUAAGUCGUAACUUUGUGGUAGCUAUGAUCCCUUACGUGAUAAUCAUUUGCGAAUAUAUCAUUCCUGUGAUCCUAAUGUCCUUUUCGUACAUUAAAAUACUCCUCGUUCUUCGACACAAGAUUGACAAUGCUAACGCCAAUCAGCAAGAUGGUGUCUUUAGUAAGGCUAAGAGAAACGUCAUCAUGACGAUGCUGAUCGCUGGUUGCAUGUUCUUCAUUUGUUGGACGCCGGUGGAGACGUUGCGUUUACUCUUAGCAGUUGGCGUCAUCGUAACUGACCAGAAAACAUUCUCAGUUAAGUACGCGUCGGAUGCAUUUACUGCACUGGUCAUGUGCAACAUGAGCGUGAAUCCAGCCGUUUAUUGCUUCAAGUACGAGCAUUUCCGUACACAGCUCAAGCAACUUGUACGGAGCCGAUUUGGUCGAAACCGAGUGCGUCCUGGAGAGGAGUCUAACCAUGGGCUGACCUUGUCCGUACCCGCCGCUACACGAUCAACAGCACCGGUGAACUAA